GUUAUGAGCCGCGUCCGGUAUCGAAUUUUCGUCUUGGUAUUGGAACAGUAAUAGUUUAUUUCGUCGAGGUGCCUCUAAUAGUUAAAGACGAUGGCGGACGAAACCCAUCAAGCACGCGAAGACAUCAUCAGAGACACGAUCGGAGAUUUUGGACGAUGGCAGCUCAAAAUAUCGUUGCUCAUGUCCCUGCUGAAAUUCCCCAUGGCGUGGUUCCAGAUGAGCAUCAUAUUCUUGGCGCCUCCGAUGAGUUUCUGGUGCCGAAAACCGGAAGACGCUGACGAAUGGAUGCGGCUCUAUGACGUCGAGAACGCUACGGCCUCAAACGAAGGAUUGAAUAAGGGUCACUGCUACAUGACAAAUUCAACCGACAACCAGAGCUACAACGUAGCCUGCCCUUACGGAUACGUCUACAACACGUCGGUAUUCAAGUCCACCAUCACCAGCGAAUGGAACCUGGUGUGCGCUAACCAGAGGCUGAUGGACGUCACUCAAGUGACCCUAAUGUUCGGGGUGCUGACAGGCAACGUAGUCUGCGGAAUUCUAGCAGACAAACACGGCCGGAGGAAAAUCCUGCUGUUCUGCAUAUUAUUCCAAGCGGUCUUGGGCAUGGUCGCGUCUUACGUGCCGUGGUUCUGGGUCUUCGUGGUCGUCAGGUUCCUGUUGGCGAUCGCCAACGGCGGAAGCAUGGUCACCUCCUUCGUCAUCUGCAUGGAGUCGGUCGGAGGACAAUGGAGGACGUUGGUGUCGAUUUUCUAUCACGUUCCUUUCGUGCUCUCCUACUCCAUCAUGUCGGGAGUCGCGUAUCUGUUAAGGGACUGGAGGCAGUUUCAUUUCGCUUUAUCCUCGCUGUCCGCUUUGUACAUCCUGUAUGUUUGGUUGAUACCUGAAUCUCCCCGUUGGUUGCUGGCGGUAGGGAUGAAAACCGAAGCUACGGCCGUCCUAAAAGCAGCGGCUUCGGAAAACAAAAGAGACCCUGACCAAGUGCAAAAGGUUGUAGAGGAAUUUAUCGGCGUUUCUACGGAACAGAGGAACAAAGUACCAUUUAAGUCCUUGUUUACUACGACUGAGCUCCGGAAAAGGACCGUCCUCCUAGCUCUCGUCUGGGCAAUUUCCGGCGUGACCUUUUACGCCUUCUCGCAAUACACCGGACAUAUUGGCGAUAACAUAUUCGUAGUCGUCGCCGUUACCGGACUUUUCGCCGUGCCGGGGUUCACCAUUUGCGCGGUCCUCAUAGGCACUUUGGGACGAAGAUACACCCAAAUCGUCGCCCACGUGGCUACCGCUAUCUGUUUCAUUUCACUCCUGCUGGUACCGAAAGGUGUCUACACUUACGACUGGCCCAGAAUCCUACUCAGCGGCCUCGGAGCUACCGGAACCGCGAUGUCUUUGCCGGCUCUGUAUCUCUACACGGGAGAACUCUAUCCGACCGUGCUCAGAAACGCUGGAGUCGGGUUCGCUUCCAUGUGCGCCAGAUUGGCGUCGAUGGUGGCGCCUCUGGUACUGGCUCUCCAAGAAUCCGCGCAGUACCUACCGCUAGCGGUGCUAGCGGCGAUUACCUUGGCUGAGGUCGGCUUAAUCCUGCUUCUUCCCGAUACGGGUAGCCGCUGGCUGCCGAACACCAUCGAAGAAGUGGAAAUGAGCGCGCCCAAAAGAAGCGCUCUGAAGAACAACAGGAAAUACCAGAGCGUCCUCCAGAAGGAAGUUUACUGAACGGAUCGGGAUUAGCCGGGGAAGUGGUCGAUUUUUCGGCCAAUUAGGCCCUAAUUUGGGUGCAAUUGGCACCGCAUUGAAUGGGACAGAUGUACGGACGUGUGUCAGUGUAAUCAUUCGUUGUGGACGCUGGCAAAUUGAUAUUUUCCUCGACCCUCGGUCCGAAUUUUAACUAGAAGGGUGGGUGUGGUGUUCGUUAAGUGAUUUAUUCAAAGGUGUGCUUGUUGAAUCAAUCUCGUUAGAACGGUUUUGGUUUUAUGUAAUGGAG